AUGCUGUGCUUCCUCCGGGGAAUGGCCUUCGUCCCCUUCCUCCUGGUGACCUGGUCGUCCGCUGCCUUCAUCAUCUCCUACGUGGUAGCCGUGCUGUCUGGGCACGUCAACCCCUUCUUCCCCUACAUCAGUGACACAGGAACAACUCCUCCAGAGAGUGGCAUUUUUGGAUUUAUGAUAAACUUCUCUGCAUUUCUUGGUGCCGCCACCAUGUACACAAGAUAUAAAAUAGUUGAGAAGCAAAAUCAAACGAGCUACUUCAGCACUCCCGUCUUUAACUUGGUGUCGUUGGCUCUUGGAUUGGUGGGAUGUAUUGGAAUGGGCAUUGUAGCCAAUUUUCAGGAGCUGGCUGUGCCCGUGGUCCAUGACAGUGGGGCCCUCCUGGCUUUCGUCUGCGGUGUGGUGUACACGCUCCUGCAAUCCGUCAUCUCUUACAAGUCAUGUCCCCAGUGGAACAGCGUCACGACAUGCCACAUACGGAUGGCCAUCUCUGCGGUCUCCUGCGCAGCUGUAGUACCCAUGAUUGCCUAUGCCUCACUAAUUUCUAUAACCAAGCUGGAGUGGAAUCCAAAGGAAAAGGACUAUGUGUAUCACGUAGUCAGUGCUACCUGUGAGUGGACUGUGGCCUUUGGUUUUAUUUUCUACUUCCUAACAUUCAUCCAGGAUUUCCAGAAUGUCACCCUAAGGAUAUCCACAGAACUCACUGGUGACAUCUGAAAAAAGGAGAACUUCGUCUCACUCAGUGAAUGUCACAGGCAGCUUCUAGAAGUGGCACAGAGGACAGACCUAUUUGGAUGCCACCCUGACUGGCACACAUCUGUGGCACAUCUAUGGCACAUCUGGGAUUGCAUUUUUCAUUAAGAGUUCUUACAUAAUAAUUGUCCUAUU